AUGUCUAGUAAAAACUGUGAACAAAUGAACGAGUAUAAGGUGGUAGUAGAGUAUAACUCUGAUAGAAUUGUCUCCUAUUUACCUAAUGGUUUAUUCCCAAAGGGGAUUUUAGAAAAUUCGAAUUAUUUCAGUCAUGUUGCUUGUAAAUUGAAACAACUUGAAAUUUCCCCUGUGAUAGAAUUUUAUCAUAAAUCUAAGCAAUGGAGAUCACUGAAUUCAGAAAAAGAUUAUUGUCAUGCUGCUGUGACUUUACUUUCUACUCAUAUGCUUUUUGUGAGCAUCAAAGAGAAAGAUUAUAAAGUUGAUGAGGUUGGAGGUGUUAUGGUAUCUCGCGAAUUGUUGACAUCUUUAACAUCACAAAUGGCUCAAUUGGAGUUAUCUUUAAGACAAGAAAGAUUACAGAAAACUUCAACUAAAGACGACAUCUAUUUUGAUAUUGAUCCUCAAAAUAAUGAAUUAUUUGAAUUUUAUUCUAAUAUUAAAUCUUCAGAAGAUUUAGAAAAUAUAAUGAAAAGUUAUCAAAAAUAUCAAAAUUGGAUUCAAAAAUUUAAUAAUGAUGAAAAAUAUUUAGAAAAUCAGUUAGAGAAUAUGCUGGUAUUAACUAAACAUCCAAUUGUACCAUCUUUAUCCAAAGAAACUUCAUCAAAGAAAUUAGAUAGUAUGGAAAAACAGAAUAUUCCAAAUAAAAAUACGAAUACCCAUAAUAAUAAUAACAAUAACUAUCCUUUUACAUUAACUAUCUAUGAGAAAGAUUUGAAUUUUUGUUUUAAAUUGAAAAAUAACACUGAUAUAUACUUUCCAAAUAAAUUGAAUAUUGUAACUAAUUUAGAUGGUGGAUCAUAUGUUAUAUCUGUACCUCAUGGGAUAGGUCCACGUAAUCAAAGAGUAUUCACAAGAUUUAAGAGAGAAUUUGGUUCAGAUUGUCAAAUUUCAGAUUUUAUGUAUUUUCAAAUUAAAGAUAUAGAUGAAAAGACUGUUCUAUAUGAAGGUAUUAGAAGUAAAUUUGAUAAUGAACAAUCUAUAUUCAAAUUAAGAUCAGUAAACCAUUUAACUCUUAGUGGAAUAAAUUUAGAGAAAUUACAAAAACAUAAUUCAACUCCGUCACCACCUUCAGUGAGAUCUUCCGUUGAUGCUGGUGAUAUUAUUUCAACUACAAUUAGUAGUAAUCUCAACGAAUCUACAAGUGGACGUACCUUUGAUGAAUAUGAUUUUUUAAGUGAAACAGAGUUUGAAGAUUACUAA